AUGGCAACUAAAUAAAAAUCAAUUGAGGAUUAUAGGAAUGCUGUGAAGUUAUUAAAAUUAAAAGUUUUAAAAUUGCAAAAACAAAAUGAAGAGCUCAUUGACAAGCUGAGAGAACAAGGAAUUCCCCUUGAUUAAUAGCAUGAUUAAGUUGAUUUGAGCAAUCAAGCAGUUAUGGGAAUCUUUUCACGAAGUUGUAGGAGGGUUGGACUAACUCCGGAAAUGAUGUUUAGAGCAUCUGAUAGGGAAGGAUAAGGAUAGAUAAGUACUGAAGAUAUGAGACUCUUUUUAUCUAAAGUUAGAUUGGGUUUGAAUAAUACCUAAUUGACCAUGUUGGUGAGAAUUUUCGAUGAGGAUUGCUCAGGAGUGAUAAAGAGAGAAGAGUAUUAUGAUUGUUUGUAAGCGUAUGGAAUCAAUGAAGAAAAAGUGCAAGGUUAGGCCAGAACUUAUGGUUAAGAGAGUCUUCUUAAAUAUGCUCGUUUACUAUUGAUGAAUAGAUUGUCUGUUGAGGAUUCUCUUAAAAAAAUGGGAGAUAACAUAAUCCCAUCUCAUUUUGUGUCUUUCAUUCAUGGGAUUGAUGGAUAAAAUUUAUUAAAUGAAAAAGAAAUAAUAGCUGUUUUCAAUCACAUAGAUGUCAAUAAGAGUGGAGUUCUUUAAGCAACAUUUUAUGAUUAAGAGGUCCGUAAGGCAAUGAGAGUGGCAUAAUCCGAUAUAGGUUUGGGUGUUCAAAUUAAUCCAAACACUGGAGGAGGAGGAGGCAAUCCAAUUCCUAAGCCUUAGCCUGUGGGGAUUCUAAAACCAAGUCAAAUUUCAUAAUAAUUGGACCCCUUUAGAAUGACUCAAACAUAGAUGGGGUAAUCUAAAUCAGGUUUGAAUAUGUCAUCUUCCCAUGCAUUCUUGAAUGAGACAAUUAUUAUGUUGACAGAGGAGGAUAAGAAGAAUAUUCUAACGAUAAUAACAAAACUUAAAGCAUAAGGAGUGGAUGCUAUUGAGUUUAUUAAAAUUGUGAUUUAACAAUUGGAAGUUCCAGGGGCAGGAAUAUUGUUGUAUGAUUUUUAUAAGAGAUUUGAUAAGAAGAUUCCUAAAAGUGAUUAGUUGUCAUUUUUUAAUGCUAUUGAUUUGAAUAAAAAUGGAUCAAUAGACUAUGAUGAGUUGAUGGUCUUUUUCUAAGAAUUUAAGUCUCCAAAAGAUAAUUUUGAUUUGUUGUUUGAAAUUUUAACUAGGAAGUUGUAAGCUUUAGAGAUAGGUAUAGUUUAACAUUUAGCCUCUGAAUAAAUUUAUGAGGAUACAUAAUUAAAUUAAGAAUAAUUUUAUUAAUUGGCUUAGAUAUUAUUCUCAUGCCCAUCCAAAAAGCAUUCUGAUGCUCUAUUUUCAUAUUUUGAUAUUGAUGGAUCCGGUAUUCUAUCAGCCUAGGAAAUAAUUGAUUAGGUUUAAAAGAUUCUAUUAAUUUAUGUUCCUCAGAAAACAAUGAAUUUAGAUAACACACUUAAUAAAUCAAUGAGAGCAUCUCUUAAGUCAGUUGGAGAAUAUGCAACAACAUUAUCAAAAUUAAAACCUGUAUUAACGGAGGAGGAUUACUUCGGUAAGUACAGAAUGGAAGGAAGUGGAAAGACUUUACAUAAAGAAGAAACUAAAUGGACAACCAUAUUCAAUUCAGAUUUAGCUUGUUUGAGAUAUGUUUAUGAAGAAAUAUCCAAAUUGGAAUAGAAUCCUGGUGCAAAAUGGGAAGAUCCUGACUUUGGACCUACUAAAGAAGAUCCCUAUGGCAGUAAGAGUAUGUACUUUGCUGAUAAUGAUGUCCCCGAGGGUGCUCCAUAGCCUAAGGAGUGCAAAUGGUUGAGACCUGAGGAAUUCUUGGCUGCAUUAGUGGAGAAUGGAGAUGAACAAUAUAAAAAUAGUACUGUUGAUGUGUUUGAUGAGGACGGAGCUGCUUCAAAUGAUGUGUGUUAAUCAAAGUAUUUAGGUAACUGUUGGUUUGUUUCUGCAUUAUCCAUUAUAUCAGGAUAUGAGUAAUAUUUGCAAGGGGAUUUUGUGAUAACUUAGGAAUCCAUAUAAGAGUUGACAGAUGAGGAAGUCAAUGGAAUGCUAAUUGGAGUUUAUCCACCCUGUUUCAAAUUCUUAAGAAAAUAUGGAUUAUAUGUGAUGAGAUUCUUCAAGAAUUUCGGAUGGAAAUAUGUAGUUAUUGAUGAUAAGCUGUGUGUAAAGGAUAAUGAAUAUGUAUUUGGUAAAAAUAGGAAGCCUACAGAGAGUUGGGUCAAUUUGAUAGAGAAGGCUUAUGCAAAACUCCAUCAAAACUAUUUUGCCUUAACAGCUGGAGACAUUGCCUAAGGUUUGGCAGAUAUGACUGGUAAGGUACCUGACAAGAUUAAGUUGAAUGAAGAAUGUACAAAAGCUGAAAAGGAAGAUCUUUGGAAUCUGUUAUUAAAAUGCAAGAAGGAUGGAACAAUGUUGGGAUGUAGUGCUGAAGGAGGAACUGAGUUAUAUAUAAAAAUCAAUGAUGAAGACACAGGUGUUAUGAGUGGACAUGCUUAUGGUAUAUUGGAUAUGUUUGAGAUCCCUGAUUAGAGUUGCAAUAACUAUCAUAAAUCACAUAGAUUAUUAAAAAUCAGAAAUCCUUGGGGAUAUGGAGAAUGGAAAUUGAAAUGGUCAGAAACUCCAGAUUAUUCUGCUAAAUUGGAUAAAUGGAUAGAUUGGAUAAAUGAUUAUUAUUAGAAGGAGAUUGAAAAGGCCAAGUUGGAAGGCAAAGAACCUCCUGAACCUUAUGUUUAUGGAUAAGAUGACGGUACAUUCUUUAUGUGCUUCAAAAGUUGGAGAACUGUGUUUUCUAAUUUGUUCUAAUGCAUUGACUUCCCUGACGAUUGGAGUGGAUUGAGAGCAUUUGAUUAAUUUGGACUGUAGAGUUCUGGAGCUCCAAUGAAAACUGAGGCCUCAUUAAUUCAAUACGCUCAAAAGAAUCCAUAAUACAUUCUUGAGUUGAAAAGAAAGAAAGGAGACAAGACUAAUAUGUACAUAUAGAUGUAACAGGUGGAUGGAAGAUUAUUUUUGGGAGAGAGAUAUCCCUUCCCAAAUGUUAUGAAACCUAUUUUGCUAUGUGUAUUUUCUUUAGGACCUACUGAAAAAUGCUUGGCUAAGUUUGAUGAUAAAAAGGUAGUUGCAUCUUCUGGUAAGUUGAAUUUGAGAAGGGAAAUCGAUACUAAUGAUAUUUCAUUAAGUAAUGGUAGAUAUGCAGUCAUACCUUGUACAAAGGAAGGAGCCUAAUAAAUUGAUUUCACUUUAAGCUUUUACUUCGAUUGUGAUAAGAGUGAAAUCAAUAUCACAAAAUAUGGUGAUCCUCGCUUUAAACUUCAUCCUAUUACAGAGGAGGAAGAAGAAGUGAGUAAAGUGCCUGAGGAGUUAAAGAAAUUGUUAAAAAAACAAGCCCAAGAAGUAUUAAGUUCAUAAUGA